AAAGGGUUGAAAGAUGCUCUAUUGUCAAUGAGUGGCUGGGGAGGGUUUGUGUCCUGCUAGCUCCUGCAUCUGACCAAAAAUAAAAAGGGGGGACAUUGUUACCGAGGUAAUUAUGACAGAAGUACAACCUGUACUAGAUUUUGCUUCAUCUGCUCGAACGGGACGUAGGAAUGCGUUACCUGACAUACUAGGGUCUCCAGCAGGGGUUGCUCCCUCCGACCUUCCUCUCAAACUAGCAGAAAUGUCUCUUAAUACAGAUCGAGGUGCAGACCUUCAAUCCCCCUCGUCAGAGUUUCCGCAAGAGCCCUCACACAGCCCAGAACUCAAGGAUGCUUCCUAGGCACAUGAACCUUUCAAAUAUAGAGAGCAUUUUUUUUCCUGCAUACAGGCUGGAGAGGAAGACAAAGGCACCAAGAUGGAUUAGGACAAAAGGAACUGUCCAUUUAACAAACAGCAAACCAGCUAGAAUGUGUUGGAUUGGACUAAGUGAGGUGGGAGGUGGACAGGAGCUCAAAUUCGAAGAAGAGUCCUCCAUACCCACAUAAAUGUGUGUGUAGCUAUUUGGCUUUAACACCCUUAUAUCAACAGCAAGAUUGCAGACAACAUUUUACAGAAGGAUUACUUUGAACAUAUGCAUAUAGUAGGAUUUUAUGUGGACAGUAUACCUGCUUGUGUGUAUAUAUGUAUG